ACAGGAGCUACGUGCCAGUCCGCCAGAUACCUGCGCAAUCUUACUCCGUCUCUCAUCGAUAAGUUAUUUUUUGUUUAAUUAGAGAUCAAGUUGAAUGAUUGCUGCAUCUGCAUUGCCAUCCCUGCAGAAAUUUGUGAUCGAACUUACGGCGGAGACAACACCUUCAAGCAACAUCCGUUUCUGCACGUGAGGAAAAUCAAGGCAGUCAAAAAUGGUGCCAAGCAAGCAAAUUAGAGUUUUAAUGCUCAAUGAUAUGGAGAAGCUGGAAAGAGCACUCUUCAGACUGGAGCAAGGUUUCGAGCUCCAGUUCAGGUUAGGUCCAACACUACAAGGGAAAGCAGUGAAGGUGUAUACUAAUUUUCCAGCACCAGGAGAGAAGUUUGAUCGCCAUAAAUUUAGGGUGUUAGACUGGUUUAACCCAACUGGCAGGGAAGAUGAUUCUGAUAAAUUCUGCAAGCUAGAUCUGCAAAUAGCUGGAUCAUUUGAGUAUUAUUUUGGCUAUGGAGAUAAACCUAAGAGUGGUGGUGGAUAUAUUGUGGUAGACCCUGUACUUCAUGUAGGUGCAGAUAACCAUAUUCUUCCACUGGACUGCAUUUCUAUUCAGACUUAUUUGGCAAAGUGCUUAGGACCAUUAGACGAAUGGCUGGACAGACUUAGAGUUGCCAAGGAGUCAGGUUAUAAUAUGAUACAUUUCACACCACUUCAAACUCUUGGCCUGUCUCGAUCCUGUUACUCAUUGGCUGAUCAGUUGGAAUUAAAUCCUGAUUUUUCAAGGCCUGGAAAAAAGUACAGCUGGAUAGAAGUUGGGAAAUUGGUAGAUAAGAUGAAGAAAGAAUGGAAUAUGCUUUGUAUUACAGAUGUUGUCUAUAACCAUACAGCUGCAAACAGCAAAUGGCUCACACAACAUCCAGAAUGUGGCUACAAUUUAGUGAACUCUCCACAUUUGAUACCAGCUUGGCUUCUGGACAGGGGUCUUUGGCAUUUGACCUGUGAUGUAGCUGAUGGUAAAUACAGUCAAAAAGGAUUGCCUCCUCUGAUUGAGAACAACCAACAGUUAAAUGCUAUACGCAAAAUAAUAUGGGAAGAUGUUUAUCCUAAACUUAAACUGUGGGAAUUUUUUCAAGUAAAUGUGGAGAAGGGCGUGGAACAGUUUAAAACGGUCCUUGUCCAAGGUAAACAUAAAACUAAGGGCAAAUUAGAUCCCAAGCAACAUCUAAAAAUUAUCCAAGAUCCUAAUUUUAAGAGGUUUGGCAGUACUGUGGAUUUAAACUUAGCAUUGGAAACAUUCAUUCCAAACAGCAAUGGACCUGCAGCAAUUGAAGAAUGCUGCAAUUGGUUCCGUAAAAGACUAGAAGAAUUGAAUGGCGAGCGCUAUAGAGAAGUUCAAUAUCACCAGGAACAGGCUGUAAACUGCAUUCUUGGUAAUGUCACCUAUGAACGACUUGCAGACCAUGGUCCUAAACUGGGCCCAGUUACUCGAAAAGAUCCUAUAGUGACACGAUAUUUCACAUAUAGUUAUAAGGAUAUGUCUUUGGUUGAGGAAGAGAAGCUAUUGAGCCAACCUGAUAAAGCUUGCCAAUUUUUGGCACAUAAUGGCUGGGUAAUGGGAGAUGAUCCUCUCAGGAAUUUUGCUGAACCAGGCUCAAAUGUUUAUCUUAGAAGAGAGCUGAUUUGUUGGGGUGACAGUGUAAAACUGCGAUAUGGGAAUUCGCCAAAAGACUGUCCUUACCUUUGGGAUCACAUGAGGAAGUACACAGAAAUCACAGCAAAACAUUUCUGUGGUGUGCGACUUGACAACUGUCACUCAACUCCUCUUCAUGUAGCAGAGUACAUGCUGGACAGAGCCAGAGAGUUGCGGCCCAAUUUGUAUGUGGUGGCUGAGCUGUUCACAGGAAGCGAGGAGCUGGACAAUAUCUUUGUGACUAGACUUGGCAUAAGUUCUCUCAUACGAGAGGCUAUGAGUGCAUUUAACAGCCACGAGGAGGGAAGACUGGUGUAUAGAUAUGGAGGUGAGCCAGUUGGCUCAUUUGUGCAACCAAACCUAAGACCUUUAGUACCUGGCAUUGCACAUGCUCUGUUUAUGGAUGUAACUCAUGACAACGAAUGUCCUAUUCAGCUACGUUCUGUGUAUGAUUCUCUGCCAAGUUCAGCAAUUGUCUCUAUGGCUUGCUGUGCAACUGGAAGCACCAGAGGUUAUGACGAACUUGUUCCUCAUCAGAUAUCUGUGGUGAAGGAAGAGCGAUUCUAUGCUAAGUGGAAUUCAAAGGCAGAUCCUUCAUCACUGGGUGAGGUAAACUCAAAAAGUGGAGUAAUUUCUGGGAAGCUGGCAUUAAACAGACUGCAUCAAGAACUUGCAGUUCGAGGUUUCAUUCAGGUUUAUGUAGAUCAGGUUGAUGAGGAUAUUGUAGCAGUGACACGGCAUUGCCCCAGCACGCACCAGUCAGUUGUAGCUGUGUCUCGUACUGCUUUUAGGAACCCUAAAACUUCAUUUUUCAGUGACAGUGUGCCUCCCAUGUGUAUCCCAGGUAAAAUUGAAGAAGUUGUAUUGGAAGCAAGAACUAUAGAGAGAGAAGUUGGACCAUAUGUUAAAGAUGAGAAAAGCAUCAAUGGUCUACCUGAUUAUACAGUGGAGAUAACUGAGCAUAUCCAGCUUAAGGACAGUAAGAUUGUUAAGCAAGCUGAAGUAACCUCAAAAGGAAGACAUGAGUUUGUACAGGAAAUUGAAUUUCGAAAACUGACUCCAGGAAGCACUAUUGCCUUCAGAGUGAGCUUGGAUCCACAUGCUCAAGAAGCUGUUGGGAUGUUAAGAAAUCAUCUUAUCCAAUUUAGUCCUCACUUUAAAAUGGGUAGUCUCCCUGAUAACAAUGCCAAGCCUAUACUUAAGACUCCAUUUGCAAAAAUUGCAUCUGACCUGACAUUGGCAGACAUGAACGUGUUGCUAUUUCGCUGUGAUGCUGAGGAGCAGGAGGAUGGUGGGGGUUGCUACAAUAUCCCAUCAUGGACCUCCCUUAAGUAUUCAGGACUGCAAGGGUUAAUUUCAGUAAUGGCUGAUAUCCGACCCAAGAAUGAUUUGGGCCAUCCUUUCUGUGAUAACCUAAGAACUGGAGACUGGAUGAUUGACUAUGUCAGUAAUCGCUUGGUAACCAGAGGUGGAGCACUUGGGCAGGUGGGAAAGUGGUUGCAGGCAAUGUUUACUUACUUGAAGCAUCUCCCUCGUUAUCUCAUCCCUUGCUACUUUGAUGCUAUUCUGGUUGGUGUUUAUACCACUCUUUUAGAUGCCACUUGGAAACAGAUGUCAAGUUUUGUUCAGAAUGGUUCAACCUUUGUUAAACACCUUGCCAUGGGCUCAGUACAGAUGUGUGGAAUAGGAAAAUUUCCUGCCCUUCCUCCACUUUCUCCUAAUCUGCAGAAUGUGCCUUACCGUAUCAAUGAAGUCAGCAAGGAGAAGGAACAGUGCUGUGUUUCUCUAGCUGCUGGUUUACCACACUUUUCUUCCGGGAUUUUCCGAUGCUGGGGGAGGGACACUUUCAUUGCUUUAAGAGGACUAAUGCUGAUCACAGGCAGGCACUUGGAGGCCAGAAACAUAAUCCUUGCUUUUGCCGGAACACUAAGACAUGGUCUCAUCCCUAAUCUUCUGGGUCAGGGCACUUAUGCAAGAUACAACUGCAGAGAUGCUGUUUGGUGGUGGCUGCAGUGUAUUCAAGAUUAUUGCCACAUUGUCCCUAAUGGAACUGAUAUUUUAAAGUGCCCUGUCUCUAGGAUUUACCCAACAGAUGAAUCUAGUCCACAGCCUGCUGGCGCAGUGGAUCAGCCUCUAUAUGAUGUCAUCCAAGAAGCAGUGCAGCGUCAUUUGGAAGGAAUACAGUUUAAAGAGCGAAAUGCUGGACCUCAGCUUGAUCGUAACAUGAGAGAUGAAGGUUUCUAUGUGACAGCUGGGGUGAACCCUGAAACUGGAUUUGUGUUUGGAGGGAAUCGUUACAACUGUGGAACAUGGAUGGAUAAAAUGGGAGAAAGUGAAAGAGCUCGUAACAGAGGAAUGCCUGCUACACCAAGAGAUGGGUCUGCUGUGGAGAUUGUAGGACUGAGUAAAUCUGCAUUGCGCUGGUUGAUUGAGCUGCACCAGAAGAAACUGUUCCCUUAUGAUGGAGCAUCUGUUCAAAGAAGUGGGAAACAAGUAAAGAUUUUAUAUGUGGAAUGGAAUAAGCAAAUUCAGGAAAAUUUUGAAAAACUAUUUUACGUCUCUUUGGACCCAUCUGAUCCUAAUGAAAAGCAUCCCAAUUUGGUACACAAGAGAGGCAUUUAUAAAGAUAGCUUUGGAGCUUCUAGUCCUUGGUGUGACUAUCAACUAAGACCUAACUUUACCAUUGCAAUGGUUGUGGCUCCAGAGUUGUUUUCUCCAGAAAAAGCUUGGCAAGCUUUAAACAUGGCAGAAAAGAAACUUCUUGGGCCAUUAGGAAUGAAGACUUUGGACCCAGAUGAUAUGGUCUACUGUGGUGUCUAUGAUAAUGCCCUGGACAAUGACAACUAUAAUAUUUCUAAAGGAUUUAAUUACCACCAAGGCCCUGAGUGGCUUUGGCCAGUUGGAUAUUUUCUACGAGCAAAAUUGUAUUUUUCGAAGAAACUUGAGAAAGAAAUUUAUGAUCAAACGGUUUACUUAGUGAAGAAUGUCUUGUCACAGCACUAUGUGCAUCUUGAGAGAUCGUCCUGGAAAGGUCUUCCAGAGCUCACUAAUGAGAAUGGCCAAUAUUGUUCAUUUAGCUGUGAAACACAGGCGUGGUCCAUUGCCACAGUGUUGGAAGUCCUCCAUGAUUUCUGAUAAAAGUAGUAAAUGCUUCAGGCUGCUUUGAUGAUGCAUUACGUAAAAUUAUCAUUAACUGGGUUGCUGUUCUAAUAAUAUGCUAUUUACCCUUUGCACAGACAUAAGAAUGUUUAGUCACUAUUACUGAGUAGAAUUAAGGAUAUUAGUAAUAAAGUAGUAUGCCGCUUGGACAAAUUAAAGUUAAAAGUUUGAGAAAUGUGGGUUGUAAUGAAAAAAGUGUAAAGUCUGUUUUUUGAUGUUAUUCAAGUCUGAAUGCUGUAUUACUGCACUUUGUAAAUUAUAAAUGGAUUAGGAUUAUAAUUCAUUAAAUAUUUUAUUGUACAUUUUAAAAAAUAGAACAUUUUUAUUUCUUAUAUUUCGUUCUGGUGCUAUUUGUGCAAGCCUGCAACGAAGAGAUCUAGUGUCUCUCUUUUAAUAUUUUGCCUUGUAUCAGUGAAAAUCUUUAUAACAUACUGCAUAUACUAGUUGAAUAAUCAUUCACUGUUUAUUUGUAAUGUAAUUUGGCCUACAACAAUGCCAAAAGUCAUCUUCACCUUAACACUGUAAUUAUUUAUUUGGAAAACAGAACAAGACUGAAAAAGUCUAGUUAUAGUAUUCAUGCCAAAGAUGAUGAUACGGCUCAAGGUACAACUUGCUUAUCACUCAGCCUUUCUGAUUGUCAAUGUACCAUUUAUUGAAUCUGAGUAAAUAUUCAAUUACUCUCAGCAUUUUUGUAUUUGCAUAGUGUGUGAGUGUUUGUAAUUUAAUCGCAUAAAGCAUGAAUGUUUCAUAUCUAGUGUUUAUUGAAAUACUGCAGUAUCAAGAUAUAUCAGUAGUGUAGAUAAUUCUACUUGAAAGGCAUGCUGUUCUCCACCAUAUUAAUCACUAUUCAAAUAUAUAUGUGUAAUAAUAAUAAUAAUAAUAUUGAUUACUUCAUUCACAUAAUGUUUACAGUAGGAUUCAAAUGUAAUUAGAGGUCACCAGUAUUGCCAUAUGGUAUACUUGUGUAGUGGUUUGCAUUUCAGUAAUUUAUUUUCCUCAUUUUUCACUGUCCUGUUGCUUACAGUGUGUCAAGCACUAGAAUGUCUGUCUUGAGAUUCUGUUUUCAUUUUAUGUAUAUCAAACAAAAAAAAAGGUUUUUCAAGCAGAA